CUUGCCUUUAAAGCCUUCCUCGGUUAUCUUCCUUCACACCUCCUGAAGAGACUUGACUUUAAUACUUCUAUUUUUGUUUCUGUCUACUUUUCUCUCUUUUCUUUCGAUCCUCUGAGAGCAUGCCUGAAUGUCAAGAGAAAGGGAGAGAUUUGAAGAGAUAGGGAAGAAGAUCAAAAGAGAAGCAGAUGCUUGGCCUCAUCAGAUGGCAGGAAUCAGAAGACCAAUGUCGGGUCCUCAUGGGACUCUCAACACCAUUACUCCUUGUGCAGCUUGCAAGCUUUUGCGCCGUAGAUGCGCUCAAGAAUGUCCCUUUUCGCCGUACUUCUCCCCACAUGAGCCUCAUAAGUUCGCAUCUGUCCACAAAGUCUUCGGAGCUAGCAACGUCUCCAAAAUGCUAAUGGAAGUACCAGAAAGCCAGAGAGCAGACGCCGCGAAUAGUCUCGUGUAUGAAGCAAACGUGAGGCUAAGAGAUCCUGUAUACGGAUGCAUGGGAGCAAUCUCAGCUCUACAACACCAAGUUCAAGCUUUACAAGCCGAGCUCACGGCCGUACGAUCCGAGAUUCUCAAGUACAAGCAACGAGAAGCUGUCGCAACUUUGAUGGUAGCUUCCAACUCUCAAGUCGCCGGAUUUCACAAUUCUGGCGGCGUCUCCGUCAUUACACCACAACCACAAACACCGUCAACUCCACCCCAACCUACGGCGGCUGAUCAUCCACCUCCUCCAUCUUCUUGUGUUUUCUCUCAACCAACCACAAGACCAUUAGAAUACGGCGACAUUGAAAGUGAGAACAACUCCUAUUUCGGUUAAAAUUUAUUUCAAUCAUUCUACAGACGCAUACACAUACAUAUUAUUUAUUUCGAUGAUUUGUGGCCGGCGAUUAAUUAAAAUUAAAUAAAUACAAGGGAGGAAGGUUGACGUUAAAAACCCUG